AUGUCUCAACCUACCAUUCUUAUCACUGGUGCUAGUAGAGUGAUUGCAACGGUUCGACAUGUCACGGCUCAACAGGAAGAAAGACUUCACUCCCUGUCUUGCGGGCAAGGUUCGAAGGUGAUUGUACUCCCGCUUGACAUGAAUGUUGCCUCGAGUAUUACAGAGGGAGUUGCUCUUCUCAAAGAUGAAUUUGGUAUAACAACCUUGGAUCUGGUCAUUGCCAAUGCCGGUAUUUGCGAUACCUUUGGCCCCGUGGCGAAAAUAUCCGAGGACGAGAUGUUGAAGCACUUUGAGGUCAACACCGUAGGCUUACUUCGGCUGUUCAAGGCCACUAUUCCACUCUUGGGUGUCUCGGAGGAAUCCAAGCUGGUAUACAUAUCUACAAGCGUGGCCAGUAUCAGUCAGCUCAACACAUGGUCCAUCACGACGGAAUAUGGGAUAUCCAAGAUGGCCGGCAACUUUUUGAUGAAGAUGAUUAGCAUUGAGCACAGCAAUGUGAUUGCUCUUUCCAUUAGCCCUGGGUAA